AUGUCAGUGCUGGCACCGAGCCGUGGAUUCAGCGUGGAGGUGGAGGGACCCAUCACCUUCCAGAAGGCUGCCGCGGGGUUCGGGCAGACCGUGGUGCAGUUUGGGAGUGCCAGCACCGGGGGGCUGAUCGUCGGGGCCCCGCUGCAGAUGAGAGACAUGAAUGAAACCGGCAAAGUCUACAAGUGCGACCCGAGCUCCGGACAAUGCCAGGAGAUCCAAAUCCAGAGGCCCCCUGAUGCUGUGAAGAUGUCCCUUGGUUUGUCUCUGGCUGCCCGGGGCUCCCAGAUCCUGGUGUGCGGCCCCACAGUGCACCAGGCCUGCGGGGAGAACAUGUAUGUCAAAGGCUAUUGCUUCCUCCUGGACCAGAGCCUCCAACAGCUCCGGCACAUCCCGGACAGUCUACCAGAGUGCCCCAAACGCCCCACAGAUAUCGUGUUCCUCAUCGACGGCUCAGGCAGCAUUAAUUCCCGUGACUUUGAAACGAUGAAGACGUUUGUCAUCGAGGUCAUAAGGCGUUUCCAUGGCACUGAUACGCUGUUUGCCCUCAUGCAGUUCUCCAGCAUUUUCCAGGAGCACUUUGACUUCAACAAGUUCAAGAGCACCCACAACAUAGAUUCACUCGUCCAUCAAGUUAGACAGCUCGAAGGAGCUACCUAUACAGCCAAAGCCAUCCAGAAAGUGGUGAAGGAGCUGUUCGUCUCAUGGAAAGGAUCCCGGGAUGGAGCUGCCAGGAUUCUCAUUGUGGUAACAGACGGCAUGGAAAAUGAUUACCUUCAAUACUCAACUGUGAUUCCAGAGGCAGAGAGAGCUGGGAUCAUCCGCUACGCCAUUGGGGUCGGCAAUGCCUUCUCCUGGUAUCAUGGCCAGCAGGAGCUCCAUGAGAUCGCCUCUAAUCCCACCGACGAGCACAUCUUCCAGGUGAAUGAUUUUGAUGCCCUCCGGGGCAUCCAGAACCAGCUGCAGGAGAAGAUCUUUGCCAUUGAAGGCACCCAGUCCCAAAGCGGCAGCUCCUUCCAGCUGGAGAUGUCUCAGGAUGGAUUCAGCUCCCUGCUGUCCCCUGAUGGGCCUGUGCUGGGAGUGGUGGGAGCCUAUGACUGGUCCGGUGGGGUAUACGUGUACGGGAGCAGCAGGGAGCCGAGCUUCAUGAAUGUGUCCAGAACCUCUGGGGACAUGAAAGAUGCUUACCUCGGUUAUUCAGUUCAGGUCAUCACAUCCCAGGGGCGGAGCAGCUAUGCGGUUGGGGCCCCUCGCCACAAUCACAUUGGCAAAGUCAUCCUAUUCAGGCAAGAUGACAAGCAUGGAGGAUGGCGGAUGGAAACCGAGGUGCUGGGAGAGCAGGUUGGCUCAUAUUUCGGGGGUACACUGUGCGCUGUGGACCUCGACAGAGAUGGGAACACGGACCUAGUUCUGAUCGGAGCCCCCAUGUACUAUACACCUCUGAAUGGAGGGCGCGUCUAUAUCUGCCCGAUUAACCAGCAGGGGGUGAUGACACUGAUCUGCACCAAGACACUGCAAGGACAGGCGGAGCAGGCAUUUGGGCGCUUUGGGGCCAGCAUGUCUGAAAUCGGGGACAUCAGCGGGGACAGACUGAUGGACGUGGCCAUCGGGGCCCCCAUGGAGAAUGACAAUCAUGGGGCCUUGUACAUCUUCCAUGGGGAAAAAAGAGGCCUCAGUCCCCAGUACAGACAGCGCAUCGAGGGGUCGCUGUUUCCCAGCAGGCUGCACUACUUUGGCCAGGCCGUCAGUGGCGGGACAGACCUGACGAGGGAUGGACUCCCAGACAUCGCAGUGGGAGCACAAGGGCAGGUCCUGCUGCUGAGGUCCCGGCCGGUGCUCAAAGUUGUGGUCUCCAUCAGCUUCCAGCCCCCCACCAUCCCCACCUCGGCCUUCGACUGCCAGGGGCAGGAGCAGCUCAACACCGAGGCCAGCAUGGCAGAGGUCUGCUUCACCAUCACUAAGAGCACCAAGGACAGCCUAGGCAACAGUAUCUCCAGCACCAUCCAGUACAGCCUGGCCCUGGACCCUGGGCGGACGAAGAUCCGAGCAGCCUUCGACACCACCAGCCCCGUCCUGAGCAAGGAGCUGCAGCUCGGCAUCGAGACAAGAUGUGAGAAAUACCGGAUAACGUUACCUCUGUGCCCAGAGGACACCGUGACCCCCAUCACUCUGCGUCUCAACUACACCUUGACGGGGGAGCCCAUCACUGCUGCCGGCAGCCUCAGACCCAUCCUGAGUGAGGACUCCGCGCCAGUGUCUGCAGGCUCGCUCCCGUUUCAGAAGGACUGUGGCACAGAUGGCCGCUGCGAUGACCAGUUAGAAAUCUCCUUCAGUUUCUCUGGCUUGAGCAUCCUGGUGGUGGGGGUCACCCCUGAACUCAACACCACCGUCUCCAUCCAGAACCGAGGGGAGAAUUCCUACAGCACCACAGUGCGGUUCUUCUACCCGGCUGCACUGUCCUACCGCCGAGUCGUGCUACUCCAGUCUAACAGGAGGGCUGUGGCCGUUAGGUGCAGCUCGGCCGUGGGCUCGGAGGAGCAGACUCAGAGGAACAGCACCUGCCAUGUCAACCACCCCAUCUUCUGGAGCGGGGCCGAGGUAGGGACGGGCCCUGGCCUGGUUCCACAUCACUACUUUAUCGUUCCAUUAUCCUUGUUUGGAUUCCCUCCAGUGUACAAUAUCUCUAUCACAAGGAAGCACAAACUGUACACAGGACUCCAAGGAGUCCUGGUUUACCUCGCCUUCCCUGGAAACAACAACACCCAGCCCCAGCUGGCUCAGUGCAACAGUGAAGCUGAAACACCUGGUUCAAAGGACUUUGUGAAGCAGAUGAGCGAGCGUCCUGUGCUGGACUGCUCUGUGGCCACCUGUAAGAAGAUCCGGUGCAGAAUCGCCUCCCUGGAAAUGCAGCAGCCACUGGAGUUCAUGAUCAAAGGAAGUGUCAGCUUCCAGUGGGUCUCCCAGACUCAGCAGCAGAAAGUGAGUCUGGUGAGCGAGGCCCAGAUUGACUACGAGGAGAAGAAAUACACCCAGAAGGAGGGAUUCGUCCAGCGCCAGGUGCAGACGGUGGUGGAGCGCUCCGAGGUCUAUAACUACCUGCCUAUCAUCGUGGGCAGCAGCGUGGGGGGCCUGGUCCUGCUGGCUCUCAUCACUGCAGCCCUCUACAAGCUUGGCUUCUUCAAGCGCCAGUACAAGCAGAUGAUGGAGGACGGUGUGGAGGGCGAGGGGCCUGGCCCGACCCAGAGCACUGCCACUGGAAACCCCCCCGUUUCCGAUGCCCCCGAACAGUAGCCCCCUCCCAUGUGCCAAUGACCCCAGCUUUGCCUCUCUCUGGGCUGCUCCAGAGUCACCCCGGCCCCCUUAUGUUGCCACCUCCAAGAUGCAGAAAGACUGGCCACUGGCCACCCUCCCACCAACAAAACACGUCCUAGUGCCAACUAGAGCCAAUCAUUACUCAGAUUAGACUUGGCCGAAUUCUACUGAUCUGUUUAUAAUUUUGAUGGAGAAUUAUCCAGUGUAAUUGUCCUGAAAGCAGCCUUAGUGACACUGGUAUUCCCACGAGUUUUAUACACACUAUGUCGGGACUCUAAGUUCUCCCACAACAAUUUUGGUUUGCUGUAUAGAGGCAUGUUUUGAUUAUCGAUGGAAAUAUUGUGUCGCUUGUUUGUGUGUGUGUGGUGAAACUGGUGUUUGCUGGCAAUUACCCUCUGCCCACCCUCCCCAUGUAGUUCACUCUUCCUGAAGUGAAAAAGGCAAUAUUCGCUUGAUUGCUGAGGAAGCAGGCCUGACCUAUAUGGUUUGGUCGGGAAGGCUGCUGAAGGCAUGUGGUGAGACUCUUUGGUUGACUCUGAUACAGUUUUGUUAAAUUAGGCGCUAGUAAACUUUUCAUCUUUUAUUUUCUUUGUAACUUCCUGGCUUUUAUGCCUCAUUUCUUGGACUCCCUUAAAAUCUCUUUGUAGUUAAUAAACUUGUUUUAUCUAA